AGCGCUUUCGAGGCCAGUGGGUGGUCUCCGGGCGCGAGACAUGGCGGGGAGCGGGGCUCGCGCGGGGCCCGCCAAGCGCCCGCCGCGGCGGAACGUGGUGGCCUGGCGGAGCAAGGCCGAGUGGGACCAGGUGAUGGUGGGGCUGUACUGCGGGGACUGCCGGCUGCAGCGGGACGCGCUGGACCGGGUGUCGGCCUGGCGGAGCAGGUAUGGGAACAGAAUGCCUUUAGCUGUGGAUUGUACAGCAGAUCUGAUUCGCUGUAAAAUCCUGGAUACAUCUGGCAACAUGAGGUCUCAUGAACUAGUCCUAUCCUAUGGUCUGGCUCUUGUGAGAUUUGUGAAUCUAAUCACAGAGCGGAAGCAGAAAAUUGUCAACAUUCCCUUGAGGCGUCUAGCUAAAGAGAUGAACAUCCCAAUAUGGAUUGUGAACCUUCGCCAUGAUCUGACCCAUGGGAAAUUGCCUCAACUAAUUGCCUGCAGAAGAGGUUGUGAUGUGGUGCUGGAAUGGUUACGCCGGACAUACUGGAGCCGUCAACUGGGCAAUAGUCUGGCUGGAGAAUGUGAAGAAGAGCAGAAUGAGGAGGCAGAGGCAGCAGCAACUGAAAUAGAGAUGGACAGUGACACAGAGGAGGCUCUGAACCCACAACUACCAGCCUAUCAGAAACACAAGGAGCUUCAUGAGAAAGUCAGAGAGGUGCUGGCAUCCUAUAAAAAUCAACAGUUUGGGGUUCUUCAGGAGCUUCACUCCUUACGAAAAGCGCGCAAAGCAUGGUGUAAUUCUUCCUCAGAGGUGGAGUGGAUUUUGGCUCAGAUUAAAGACUUAUUGCAAGAGAGCAGGGAGGUGGUGGCUGAAGCUCUGCUAGAUGAUGGCUCUCUCAUCCCAACUGCGGAACACCUGGAGACUCUAAACAUUAAGUGUGAAGACAAUAAAGAGUUGCUGGAUUUCAAAAUCCCUCAGACAUUUUACUGCUUCUGGCAGCCUCUGCUAAAGGGCCUCCUUUCCCGAGACUUUACACAGACCCUGCUAGAGAAAAUGUUUGCUACCCUGAAGCAAUGUUCUGAAUCUUCAGAAUUCAGGCCUCAGUAUCUGAUCAACUGGAUUGCUGAGAUUCUGACUGCCAACACCAAAGCUAAAGCGAGGAGGAAAGUGGCACGCCCUUCUCAGAGUCAGAUAAAUAAAAGGAAGCUGUUUCUCCAUAGAAUUUCCUUGCAAUGGAUAAAGCUCAUUGAUGAAUGUUUGGAAGCUCCCUGCUGGGCGACACCACAUCUCCUGCAGCUGAUUUUGUCAGACAUGGAGCUUCCCUUGCCUGCAGAUGCUCAGGAGAACCUUCUUUAUCUCUCCUCCAUCUAUACCCAAGAAGGAAGCUCUGUCUCCAGUCCAGACUCUUCAGAUAGCAGUGGGCAGCCAAUUUACACCAUUGAGAGCUUACAGUGGAAGGCUAGACAGGAUAAUCAGGCCAAAGGACAAGGCCAAAGGUUGGAAAGGCAAGAAACAGCAGUGGGUAGUGUUGGUGAAGAAGACGACAAAGAGGAGGAGGAAGAGAUGGAAACUGAGCCAACACCUUUAGAAGAUCUUCAUGCUGAUAACAUGAUGGUUAUUGCUGAGAAAAGGGCAACAUUACAUGGGUCUGUCUGGCAGAUCAGUGCAGAUGGAGUGCAGUGGAAAGACUUUCCUCUUGGGAAGCUUCCAGGUCAGACAGAUGACCCUGAUAACCUACUGGUGGAUAGUUAUUCUAUGAUGUCUAUGCUUGAUCAACCAGUGACAAAAGAUGACGGAAGGAACUCCCCGAGUAUGAACAUCUCUUGAAGUGAAAGAGGAAGAGGGCAAGUGACUUGGAGGAUGCAGCUGCCUUCCUGAAGAAAUCACCUAACAGCUGCAGCUCCUUGCAGUUACAACACAGCAGAAACUAGCCCACACAUAACACUGCACCACAAAAGACAUGCAGCUUGAGCUGCCUGUGUUGUAUAAACCUGAAGUCAGGCUAGAUGAUCACAAUGGUCCUUUCCAGCUUUAUAGUCUAUGAAUCUGUCCUUAUGCUUCUUGAAGUGCCUUUAAUCACAGUGAUACCCCAAGCUCUUUGUAAACUCUGUAUCUACAGAGAUGACCUUGUCCAGCAUUGAAAUACAGCCUUCUGCGGGAUGGAACGUAGCAGCAUUUUAACAAUGCACAGCAAUGCUAUGCUAAUAUACCCAUAUCCUAACAAUCAAAGACUGAAAAGAUCUACUAGACCACAUGAAGUCCCCCUUUGUCUCCAGAGUCUUCAGC